GCGGGUGCGAGAAGCCAUUUCCUGCAAAGUUAAUAAAAGUUUUAAUCAUCGAAUUUUCUACCGUAAUUCGAGUUAUUUCCGUUAUUUCGAGGUCAUAUUUGAUGGUUUGUUAUGUAGCCAUUUCUAAUCUACUUGAGUGGAUAUAAAUUAGAUGAUUUUAUUGUGAUUACUUUCAAUGACAGCACUGUUGAUUACUAAACUUAUAGGCCUAAAUAUAAAAUAUAGAUCUUUACCUGCUAGUAUUAGUCACAGAUUUAUACAGAUUAUCAAUUUGUUAAUGUGUGCCGUGAAUGAUGGAUUUAUUUGAAAGAUGUACAACAGUCCAUCUUGAAUCUGAAAUAUUUAAUAAGAAUAAAUUAUGUGUCAAGUGACAUGUGAAGACCCUCCCAAGAGUUCAAGUUUUCAGACGGACAACAAAUCCAGACCAAAUGUGAAUUAAAGAUAAUGACAUGGUUUCACUGAUACUCUGAUCAUUAAGUUUGUAUAAAUAAUAACUGUUGGCUUUAAAAAUGGAUAAAAAGCGAAUGUUGUCAAAUUCCAAGAAGAAAGAUUCAGGAUUAAAUGAGGGAAUUGCUGGUCGAUAUAUUAAAAGAGACACACCUCCGAUGCUACGCAAUUAUCAUACGCCAGUACGACCUGGUAACAGUACACCAAGACGAACAACCAGAAACCCAGCAUCAUACAUUCCCCAACAGGUGUCUGCUACAGGAGGACAAUUCGCUCCAUCUAUUGUCCCUUCAUCUGUACGUCUUUCAAACCCAGUCAAUUUACAUUCGUCAGUUUCUCCCGGACCCGUGACCGACAGACAGAUACAUCUAUAUCAACAACAUCAUCUACAACAAAUACACAACGCGAACACGGCAUCACCGUUAACUCAAGGUUUACAUAAUCUACGUAUAGCCUCUCCCGCUAACACGUGGGGUGAUACCUAUAUUACAAGUAGUGCUCCUAGAACAGUUGGUAUCGCAUUCUCUCAUCAAACCGGUCAAUCUCCAUUAAUAGCUGGUACGAGCCAUGGUGUCGCGUAUCAUCCGUCACAACACGUUGUCUCAUCCACUCCACAACUCCAGAUUAAACCAGAAGAAAGGGGCAAUAACUCUGCUGCUAAAAACAUGACAACAGCUUCUCGUGAAGAAGAGAAGACGGAUGGUCAGCUGUCUCAUUACCAUAACCAAGGUCAAGGUAAUACAGAAUAUUCUAGUUUACAACAACAUGAUGAUAAUUACCAAAUACAACAAUAUCAUCAAGAAAUACGCAAUUAUUACGCUCAACAAAACACAGCCGCCAACCAAACGUCUAAUUUAUUUAGUCUUUCAUCAGAUAAUUCUAGCCAACCGACUUCUUCUAUAUCCAGUGACCGAUCAAGUCAGUUAUCGUCCAUUGAUCGCGCCACGCCAGUCAUGAACUUAUAUCAUAAUUCGGAACAACGUGGCGUAAUGGCGUCACCCGCAGAGCAUGGUAAUCAAGUUCUGGCGUUGAUGUCAGGUGACCGAAGUCAGACAAAUAGCACGUUUAGCGGUGAUCGUGGAAAUGUUGUGUAUUCGGCAGCAAAUCACCAUGGUGAUGGUAUUAUGUCUACUGUCUCGUCGUCCCCAGCAACAAAUAGUUUUGGUGGAUCAGAAGAAAUACCGUUACCUCCAGGCUGGUCGAUUGAUUGGACUUUACGAGGUAAAAAAUACUAUAUAGACCAUAAUACUCAAACCACACAUUGGAGUCAUCCAUUAGAGAAAGAAAGUUUACCCAUGGGAUGGGAACGAAUUGAAUCGAAAGAACAUGGAGUAUUUUACGUCAACCAUAUAUUGAAAACCGCUCAGAUUCACCAUCCAUGUGCUCCGUCAGUACCGAGGUUUAACAUGGUGUUUAAUUACGAUGGUCCACAAAUACAACAGUUACCACAGCAACUAGAAUAUCAACAACCACGACAAUCUAACGUACUCGUACCAGCUAAUCCUUAUCUUAAAGAAGAGAUACCACAGUGGUUGGUUGUUUAUUCUAAAGCUCAACCAGAACAUGAUCAUAAACUCAAGUGGGAUUUAUUUCGAUUGAAUGAAUUAGAAUAUUUCGAUGCGUUGAUUAUUCGCCUGUAUAAACAGGAACUAGAACAACUUGUGAUGUCAUAUGAGGCGUACAGGGCCGCACUAAAUAGAGAGAAAGAACGACAAAAACAAGAUCAGCAGCAAAAACAGUUAACGCAAAACAUAGAAACAAAAGUGUGACGUGACUAAACGUAUGGCAAAUAUUCUUGCAUCAAACACGUCAAAAAUAAUUUUUGCGAUGUGGAAGACAGCGUUACAGACUGUGGCGAUAAAAAUGCUGGUAUGCAAAUCAUUUGUCACGUAAAUAUACGUUAGUGCUGUCAUAUAAUGAGCUGCUCAUGUCAAUUUUUAUCCGCAAAGAACGUAAUUAUUUACGUCUUCUGGUAAGUUAGUGUUCUUUUGAAGCUUUAAUCUUUUUGGUACAACACGGCCAUACCAAUUUCAAUUUGUGUUUUUUGGAAUGUUUCAUAGCCACUCGAAUCCUGUGAACAAAUUUUUGCUUAAAAUAUAAAAGUAAAAAUUUGAAGUACUCCUUGUUUUUAAAUUAGUCGUAUUUUUUACCUGAAGGAAUAGGAAACAAAAUUUUAAUCGCAAUGAGAGUGAGAAAAAUGGGGUUUAACAAAUAUGGGGACUAACAUAUGGUUCAAUUUUAUUUCAUUAGUUUGCUUGUGGGUUGGGGUCUUUAACAGUGGGAGGAUGUGCAUGCAGGGAAUCGAAACCACGCCACUCAAAGACAGACCUUCUGAUACAUUAACCAUUCAGCCACCCACCCUCGGGAUCUGAAAGGACAAGAACAGUUAUCUAGUCGCUCGGAUGGGACGAAAAACCGAGGUCUUAUGUACACAUUGGUGUCCAUGUAAAAGAUCCCUUGGCAGUUGGAAUUCGAUAUAAGAGUAGGCCACAGUGCUGCUCUCUGAACAACAUUUCCCUCAUAGCACACUGUAUGCCCGUCUUCAUUAUCCCAGUUUGGAGCAGAACAGUAGGACGUUAAACCACAAUUUAUUUGGGGAUCUGAAAGAACAUAAAUUAAGAUUGUUAUGGCCUGAUAGUUGUAGUUUAUUGUUUGCUGAUGGAAUAUAAUUAUGAGAAACAUGGCUGGCCAUCAUAAUUAUUACUGUCAUGAUUAUUGUUAUUAAUAAUAGGCUUGUUGUAAACUAAUAUAUAUUUAUGUGUGUAACGUAUAUCAUCAUUCUACAGGCCUUGUUCUACAGGCCUUGUUCUACAGGUCUUGUUAUAUAGGCCUAAUUCUAUAGGCCUUGUUCUAUAGGCGGUGUUCUACAGGUUUGUUCUAUAGGCUGGUUCUGCAGGCCUUGUUCUGCAGGCCAUAAUCUGUUCAAGAUGUAAAACAAGAAAAUUAUGUGUCAUAAAUUUAAUGUGGAUUAAAAGAAAUAGACAUGGUGUCAGGUAGAAAUAAUAAACCGUUUACUGAAUCUUGAUUUGUACGAGGUUAAAACUCUUACGAUGAUUAAAUUGCUCUCUGGGAUGGUGUAUGACAUCAGAUCUACUUUUAUAGAAACAUAUUGAAAUAUUCUACCAGGAUUAAUAGAUUCUUGCUUACGUUUUUGACCCAUGGUGAUGAUAUAAUUUACAAUAAUAUGGAUAAUCUCCACCGACAUGUAGGAUACAUUUUAUAUUAAAAUCCUAUUUACCUGGACAGGUGUAUCCAUAAAUAUUGAAAACAAACUACGUCUAUUUACCAGGACAGGUGUAUCCAUAAAUAUUGAAAACAAACUACGUCUAUUUACCAGGACAGGUGUAUCUAUAAAUAUUGAAAACAAACUAUGUGUAUUUAUCAACAAGCCAUAUUCAAUAUGUUACAUAUUUUUAAUGUUUUGAAAUAUUAAGUGUCCAUAUUAGUUUUGCUUAGGUAAUGAAUUGGUAUUGAAUAUUAGUCAGUGCUACACACUAUAGACUUCGAGUUGGUUAGAUCUAAAUAUUAAGGCCGGUUGCAGAUUUUGUCAUAGUCACGAGAUGUAAACAGUGUUGGGGCAUGUGAUUGUUGCCGAGGAUUGUGGGUUGGGGUUAGCAUUUAGCCCUAGCUCUGUUUACGUCUCGUUACCGUGACAAAAUCUGCAAGUGGCCUUAAUAUUUAGUGCUAUACACUUUGAGACUUUCAUGAUAACUUUUGAUUAUAAACUAAAUUAUUUAAAGGUGCUGUCAUUUCAUUGGCUAAAAAUUAAAAUCUUAAUACAAAUGUUAGCUCUUAGCCCAUGAAAAGACUACGUUGUAAAAAUAUUUUAAUUUGUCUUUGUGAAUAAAGCGCUAGGUGUCUUAUUUAUAAGAUCUGAAACUGACAUAUUUAAAGAUGGAGGCCUUUCAUUGGAUAAGAUCUGAUAUUCUGAUACAGAUUUUAGCUCGUUGCUAAUAGAAAUGAAAUGAACACCAAUGUGUACACGGAACCUCGGUUUUCCGUCCCUUCCGAACGACUAUUCGUUGUCCCUUGCCAGGACCUCAGUUCUGUGCCACUGACAAGGUGGAACCACGCCGGAAAAUCUGGAUAAACUUUCUCUAUCCAAUGCAGGGAUCGAACACCCGACCUCCAAGUUAGAGAGCCAAUAACUUACCCACCUAGCCACCAUGGCCCCUCUCUUUGCUAAUAGACAAACUGCAUCUUUAAAACAUGUCAGUUUUACAAAUCAAGAAUGGCUUCUAUUAACAAACUACUCAAGUAUAUAGUGCUAUUUGUAUGUCUUCAUUUCAUGUGUGAAUCAAUUUUAUGUGUAGUUAUUGCCCCUGAAAACUCUGAAGCCACCCAUCACAAUGCUGCUCAUGGACAUAUACACUCGGCAAACCUCAGCAGAUUCCGUUACUCUACAUUUAGCUCCGGCUGUAUGAUGAUAAGUGAUAUGUACCUACGCCUAUACAAUUGCGAUGCGGCACCGGUUUACUUUUAAAAAGAAGUUAUUAAAAUUGCGUCGUUCGAAGCAUGAGUAGAAUUUUCAGUACAAAGUUGUCCAAAUUUGAAGAAAAUCGGAUAAACUUGAAAGAAAAACAGCUAUAGACUUUGAAAUAUUUGUAUGAUAAAACAUUCUUCUAAGGCGUCGUCAUGGGCAACGCCGUUGGUAAUCUGGGAACUUGAAAGUAGUUCUAAUGGCGGAUUGGUCAUACAGCCGAGGCUAGAUGUAGGGUACUGGAAUCUGCUGAGGUUUGCCGAGUGGGACAUUGCAUAGUAAUACUAUGUUUAUAUUCAGAUACAGCUCAAUUUAAAAUUGGUUACCAAGCUAUUAAUAAGAUUUUUUAGGAUUAAACUUGUUCAAUUUAAUUGGAGGUGCUCAAUGGCCACUUUAGCUUUUAGAGUCAAGACAAAAAUAUUUAAUUUAAAAAAUUAGAUAAGAUUGAAUGUAGGAUUGUACAUCGUGUAGAAGGUAUGAAAUUAUCAGUUGUUUCAUGCAGGACUGCUGUAUAUAACAGUGGGCAUAUCUCAAUAUAUAGGGUUACCAGUAUUCUUUCAAUUCUUUUAGAGUUAUUUCCCUUAUUGAAACCUUGUAGACAAGCUGUAAGUCAAACUUUUAAAAACUUUCUAGUAUGUUUUAGUGUUUAUGAUAUAGUAAUUUAUGGAAAUUUUUUGAUAUGGCAGAUAUAUUUUUACAUUCAAAUCCUGGUUCCCAUAGGGACAUUAAUGCAGUCAGUCUUGAUGAUUAGAGUUAUUUCCCUUGUUGUUGAAUCCUUAUAAAACAGGCUUUAAGUUAUAUUUUUCGAAACUUAGUAUAUUUAAGUAUAUUAAUUUUAUUGUAGUUUUUGAUAAAGAAUUAAGCGAUAUUGUCCUUUUUGCGAAUAUCCCUAAAUAGACAUGGGCCUGGGGCUGUUAUUAAUUGCAGCCUUGACCUUUAGUAGCCUAUUUGUAUUAAACUAGCAUACUGAUCUCCUAAUUUACUAGAUUUAAUUAUUUUAUUUUCUAGUACGCGUUGUUAAUUAUAGAAUUUAAUAUUAGUGCAAUAUAUUUAUUAUUACUGGAGUAAUAUGUAAAAUAAUGACUGAUAAGACCACUAGUAGAACCAUCAUGUUAUAUGUGUUGUAGCAGGUGCUUGUUUUCCUCAAGGAAUUGAUUAAUCAAAAUAUAUGUGGAAAAUAACACUGUAACCUGGGUAUCAUUUAAUCUUGUGUAUCUAGCACUGAUUUCUUUCACAUUCGUUU